AUGAAAUUAUCUGAUGAGCAGGAAUUUGGGAACAUUGAGUCUCCAAUGUACUCCAGGCUUCGACAUUUUUUUGCUACUAUUUAUGGCAGGAUGCACGUGAAAGCAUCUGCACAGCCAAUUGUCGUCUCUCUUCCACUUUGCCAUUAUGAUGAUACUGAAUCUGCUAAAGCAUCAAGAAGGCAACUAAAAGAUGCAAUCUACACAGCUUUGUUUGACAUGAACGUUCCAGCUGUUUGUGCCAUUAAUCAGGCAACUUUAGCCCUGUAUGCAGCACGGCGAACUUCGGGAAUUGUUGUUAAUAUUGGUUUUCAUGUCACAUCUGUUGUUCCAAUUUUACAUGGUAAAGUAAUGCGCAUGGUGGGCGUGGAAGUCAUGGGCAUGGGAGCAUUAAAAGUAACAGGAUUUCUUAGAGAACAGAUGCAGCAGAAUAAUAUUAGUUUUGGAUCUCUCUACACUGUUCGCACAUUGAAAGAGAGACUAUGUUAUGUAGCUGCUGAUUAUGAUGCUGAGCUGUGUAAAGAUACUCGAGCAUCAUUGGAACUCCCAGGAGAAGGAUGUUUCACCCUUUCAAAAGAGCGCUUUAAAACUGGGGAGGUCUUAUUCCAGCCACGUAUUGCUGGAGUGCGUGGAAUGGGUUUGCAGCAGGCAGUAGCUCUUUGCAUGGACCACUGUCAUGCUGCGGAAUUAACUGGAGAAGAUGCUUGGUUCAAGACUAUAGUUUUGUCAGGAGGGACUGCAUGUCUACCGGGACUUGCAGAAAGGCUAGAGAAGGAAUUGCAUGGAGUUCUUCCCCCAUCAAUUUCUAACGGAAUAAGAGUCAUUUCUCCUCCUUAUGGUGUAGACAGUGCGUGGUUCGGGGCAAAGCUUAUUGGCAAUUUGAGCACCUUUCCUGGUUCCUGGUGUGUGACGAAAAAACAAUUUAGACGGAAGUCCAGAUUUAACCUAGCAUGGUGA